CUGUAGCGGAGCUUUGUGAGCCCAAAAUGGUUGAGAAUGUCGUUCUCUAUGCAGCCUAUACGCUGCGUGAACAUCGUUUUUGCAUCUUAAAUAGGAUCCAUCCAAGCCAUUCCCACCUCCAAACAAAGCAACUGUCCUCAAGGUCGACUCUUCUUAAAAUCAACGCUCCUUCAGUUCAAAGCCAAUUGCCUCGAUUUCUACACAAAGACGUGCAAGCCUCUCACGAUGAAGUUGAUGCCCACCAUUGUGGCCGUGUGCAUGGCCACGCCCUCUACUGCGCUCUUCCUCGUCAACAACGCGUGGAAAUUCGCUAAAAUCCCUACUGACGGCCUUGACGACAUCACUUUCGCCUUCAACUUAAAGAACGCGCCGCAUAAGAGAGGCUUCUACUCUUCUCAGGAGUUUAACUUCUUCAACGUCUCCGCCGUUGGCUACAUGGGCGUACAGCCCCGCCCAGACUCUAACGGCAAAAGCAUCGUCCACGCCGCCUUUUCUUCUUUUCAAAAAGGCGCUACUACGAAGCACCGAAACUGCCAUAACGGUGCGGAUGGUGGCCCCGGUAUUAGCUGUUCUGUCGAUAUCGAAGGCGACUAUAGCCAUACCUAUAACUUGACUGUCGAGACCUCCGGCGAGCGGACGUGGAAGGGGACGAUGGUAGAUACUGUUACCGGGAUGGCGACCGUUAUCGGUGAAUGGACGCUGCCUUAUGGCUCGGGCAAACUCAAGAACGGUGAACUUGGCUUUGUUGAGUACUUCCUCUGGGACAGCCGGUCUCCGCAUGCUUGUGACACUCUACCCAAGACGGAGGUUACCAUCUUCGACCCUACGUCUAGGACGAACGGAGCUAGUGGCGGAAACAUGGGCAGGCCGUACGCAGUCGGAAAUUGUCGUGGCAAGGCAGGCUACUCUGCCACGCAGGUAUCUUCGGGCUGGAAUAUCAAGGUCGGCUUUUAGGUAUCUGAUCGACGUAAAGAAGCCCGGUUACGAGACUACAGGUUUAUCCACGUGAAAAUUGAU